AAUCUAUUCUUUGAUUUAACUUAAUUCUCCUAAAGAUUCCCAUGUCGUUGAACCUUAAGAAACAAUGUCCGAACCAGGUAUCAUAAAAAAACUUAGUGAGGAUGUGGUGAACCGAAUUGCAGCCGGAGAGAUCGUUCAAAGGCCGGCAAACGCUUUGAAGGAACUUAUUGAAAAUAGUUUGGAUGCCAAAUCGACCAAUAUAAUUAUUACUGUAAAAGCUGGCGGCUUAAAAUACUUGCAGAUCCAAGACAAUGGCACUGGAAUUCGAAGCGACAACUUAGACAUUGUCUGUGAGCGCUUCACCACCUCAAAGCUGAGCCAGUAUGAGGAUCUACAGGAGAUCAACACUUACGGCUUCCGGGGAGAGGCUCUGGCGAGCAUCAGCCAUAUUGCCCAUCUGACUAUACUCACCAAGACUGCCGCUUCUAAAUGUGCUUACAAGGCAUCAUAUGAAGACGGCAAGGUAAAAGGCCCGAUAAAGGCCUGUGCUGGUAACAAUGGCACCCAAAUCACGGUUGAAGACCUAUUCUACAACGUCAUAGCCCGCAAGAGAGCCCUACGGAGCCCCACAGAAGAAUACACACACAUAAUGGAUGUGGUUGGUGGUUAUGCGGUGCAUAAUAGCCAUGUCGGGUUUACGCUAAAGAAGUUUGGAGAGAAGACCGAUUUGAAGACCCCUGUCAAUUCUUCUGUUAUAGAAAAUGUUAGGAUUAUCCACGGUAACUCAAUAGCCAGAGAGCUAAUGGAGCUAGAAAUAAAAGAUGAAACGCUAAAGCUGUCCAUACACGGAUAUAUUACGAACGUGAACUAUUCUCAUAAGAAAGGAGUCAUGCUGCUGUUUAUCAACCAUCGAUUAGUUGACUCGCAAUCUAUCCGCAAAGCUGUUGAUUCCGUGUACUCAACGUAUUUGCCAAAGAACUCUCAUGCUUUCGUGUACCUCAGUAUAGAAUUAGAUCCCAAGAAUGUUGACGUAAAUGUGCACCCUACGAAGCAUGAGGUACAGUUCCUGUACGAAGAACAAAUCAUAGAAAAGUUAAAGGCGUGUGUUGAAAGUAAACUACUUAGCUGUAACUCUACGCGGGUCUUAUAUACGCAGGCUCGCCUACCUGGAGCUACGAUGGUAGAAGAAAUGGUGAAGAAAACAACGGAUGCGGCCAAAGUUAACCCCAACAACAUGGUCCGAGUGACCUCCGAUGUUCAGAAGAUCGACAAAUUCUUCAGAACCAAGCCUGUUGAAACAGACGCAAAUAAUUUCGAAAACACUGAAAAUACGAGGGAAAUGCCUGUCAAAGAAAGUGUAAAAACAACAGAGUAUAAUGACAAUGACAAAAUGGUAGUAGAUGAAGUCAUAGAAAAUUCACUUAUAGAAGAACCAGUGGUAAUAAAUAAAAUGCCAGAAAAGUGGAAAAAUCAUUCCGCUUUAGACCAAGGCAAUACAAGCUACAUAGAUCCUAAGGAAUCAUUCAAAACUAGAACGUUUAAGUAUGAACGGACUGAAACUAAGUUGACCAGUGUGAAGCAGUUAAGGAUGGAUGUAGAAAAACAGUGUAACUCGAAUCUAAGGGAGAUAUUGGCUAAUUUGAUAUUUAUUGGGUGUAUAGAUUUGCAUAAGUCGCUUAUACAGCAUUCGACGAAGCUGUAUUUGUGUGACACGACUCGGUUGACUGAAGAAUUAUUCUACGAAACGAUGCUAUACGACUUCCAGAACUUCGGUCUGAUAAAGCUAUCGAACCCACUGCCUUUGGAAGAGCUGUUCGUCCUCGGUCUAUCGUCUCAAGAGUCAGAAUGGGACCCUGAACUAGGCGAUAUGAGAGAGAUGGCGCAACAAAUGUGUCAGCUUCUUACGAGCAAGCGAACCAUGCUUCUAGAAUACUUCUCGCUAGAGCUAAGCAGCGAUGGGCAACUGUUGGCGCUGCCCCUGUUGUUGGACAACCACACCCCAUUCAUGGGCGCAUUACCAACCUACCUCGUCCGCCUCGUCACCGAAGUCAACUGGGACUCUGAGAAGGAGUGUUUCGACACCUUCAGCCGCCAAACCGCCAUUUUCUACUGCCAACCCAACCCAGAUACCACCACAGAGUCCGUAAAGUCAGAGCAUUGGAAGCAGGAGCAUGUUAUAUUCCCAGCCAUAAGAAGGAAUUUCUUACCGCCUACGAGUUUUGUGAGCAAUGGAGCGAUAUUACAGAUUGCUAAUCUGCCAGAUUUGUAUAAGGUGUUUGAGAGAUGUUAAUAUAGUCUAACCCAGAUACCAACACAGAGUCUGUAAAGUUAAAGCAUUGGAAGCAGGAACAUGUUAUAUUCCCAGCUAUAAGGAGGAAUUUCUUACCGCCUACGAGUUUUGUGAGCAAUGGAGCGAUAUUACAGAUUGCUAAUCUGCCAGAUUUGUAUAAGGUGUUUGAGAGAUGUUAAUAUAGUCUAACCCAGAUACCAACACAGAGUCUGUAAAGUUAAAGCAUUGGAAGCAGGAACAUGUUAUAUUCCCAGCUAUAGGGAGGAAUUUCUUACCGCCUACGAGUUUUGUGAGCAAUGGAGCGAUAUUACAGAUUGCUAAUCUGCCAGAUUUGUAUAAGGUGUUUGAGAGAUAUAGCCAACUCCUGAUACCACAACAGAGUCCGUAAAGUCAGAGCAUUGGAAGCAGGAACAUGUUAUAUUCCCAGCUAUAAGGUGGAACUUUUUACCGCCUACGAGUUUUGUGAGCAAUGGAGCGAUACUGCAGAUUGCUAAUCUGCCAGAUUUGUAUAAGGUGUUUGAAAGAUGUUCAUGUUUAAUGAAUUGUAGUUAUGUUGUUCGA